ACUAUUUUCCUCGAAUCGAGUCAGACUAGGGUCGGAUUCGGACUGAAUUGCCAUCACUAAUUGAAGCUUUCCUUGUAGUUAGUUAUAACACUCCUAUUAAACCUUCAAGGUGAGUUUAUUUUAUCACAAUCAUAUGAAUUUAUAUAAAAAUAAGCGAUCGAUGACUUUAUUUUCAGUGAGUAAUUGUUUUGAAAUCAUUGAUUGAUAUCACUUUGGGCACUGUUCUGACUUCUGAAUUGAUCACACCUCGCUAAGAGUAAAGAGAAUAAAACCCAAAAGAGAUAGAGUGUGCGUGAAACAAAAAAGAUGGCAGAAGGUUGGAAAAGUUUUUGGUGCAACAGAUUUGCAUUUCUUGAAAGUUAUACCAAAUUCACUAAGCGCGAUAAUCCUUUACCUUCUUGGUCUGAUGACGAUAUCAACUCCUUCAUCGCCAUUGAUCCUAUUCAUGGCCCCACUCUGAGAAUUGCUAGGGAAGCAGUAAAGUAUGGCCUAAUUGGAAGUGCUGUUGGAGCGGUCUCAACUGCAGGCUUUUGUUGGAAAUACUCAAAGAGUCCCCAUGGUGCUGUUCUUGCACUUGGUGCUGGAGCAGUUUUUGGAUGGACAUUCGGACAUGAAAUCGGAAACCAUGCCCUGCAACUUUAUAAAUUGGAUACUUUGACUGCGCAAGCUAAGUUUAUGGAAUGGUGGGAAAAGAAAGCUGAAGGAAGCUCUUAGAAUACAACUUUCAUUGUGUGCAGUAUUACCUUCUUUUCUAUUUUACAAUAAAACGAUCAACACUAAUCAGUUGCUAAAUGAACGGUUUAGGUUGCAUUUCUCA